AUGCCGAAAUUCCGAUUUUCGAAAUAUCGGAAUUUCGUUACUUCGGAAUUUCAGAAUAAAAAUUUUGAAAAUUCCGGAAUUUAG